AAAAUGUGGAAGGAUGUAUUUGUGAAGCAUAUUUGGUGCAAGAGACAACCUAUUUCAGUUCCCAUUAUUUUGUGCCUCUUGCUCAAUAUGCAAGUACAGUUGGCCUAAAUAAGAGGACUCAUCAAGACCAUGUGAUACAAACUUUGUCUAUCUUUGAAAAUUUACAUGGCGAAACAAGUGGAAAAUGCAGUGAUAGGUGGCUUAACGAUAAAGAAUUGGCGGCUGCCCAAUUGCAUGUUCUCUUAAAUUGCAUUGAGGUUAAGCAAUUCAUUGAGAUGUAUGUACAAAGUUUGAAAAGUAUAUAUGGAGAUCUCAAUGACAAUGUCAUUGAUACACAAAUAGAAGUUGACUUUCCGCGAUGGUUUCAAGAAUAUGUGACAAAGAAUCACAAACUUAGGAUGCAAAACCCUGACUUGUAUGACUUGGCAAGAGGACCCUUGAGACUAGCAAAGUCAUGGCCUAUUUAUCAUGUGAAUGGAUACCAAUUCAACACAACUUCUUGGGGUGAAGGCAAAAUAACAUAUAAUAGUGGAGUAUGUGUUAAGGGAAUUGGUCAAGGUGAAACCUCAAGUGAUUAUUAUGGUGUUGUUUCCGAGAUUCUAGAAUUUGAAUGGCGAAGUCAAGCAACACGAAAGCUAAUUUUAUUUUACUGUGAUUGGUUCGACCCUUCAAGUCGUGGAAUGAGGAUACAUAAUCAAUACAAGAUUGUAGAAGUACGAAAAGGGAGAAAAUACGGUAAAUUUGAUCCUUUUAUUUUUCCAAAAUCUGCAACUCAAGUUUACUAUUCACCUUAUCCUGGGCGCCAAAAAGUUGAUUGGUUGGUAGUUAUGAAGACAAAGCCGAGAGGGGUUGUUGAUGAUAGACAUACUUUAGAAGUUGCUUUUCAAGUGCAAGAAUCAGAAGUUAAUGCAACAAUUGAAGAUGACCCAAUUGAUAACUUACAAGAUGAUUCAGUUUAUGGUGAAGAAGUUGAUUUGCAUAUGAUGCAAGAUGAUGAGGAUGAAGAAGAUGAUUUCAGUGACGAUGGUGAAGAUGAAGAUCAAGAGGAUGAUGAUUCUAUUGAAUAGUAUUUGUUAGCUCUUUAUUGAUAAUGUGUUUGAUUUAACAUACGUAGUAUUCAAAAAGGAAUUGGUAGAUUUAACAAAAGAUUCUUAACCAAACUGUUGUAAUCAGCAAUUGCUUGUCUAUUUUUCUCAAUACUUUGAACUUUAUUCAUUUGUGCUAAUGAUCUUCCAAUGGUUUCACAGAUUUUGCUAGCAGAUAAUUUGAAACAUUACUAGCGACUGAAGCUGACAUGUUAAUUAGAACAAGAAAAUAAUAAUAUGUUUUUGGUUCUUUAUAUGGUUUUGAUGCAAAUGAUGAUGUCUUGUUCUUUGGUUGCUUGGCCUAUU